CGGUGCGUUCCGCGGUCGUCAUGGUAACGGAAAGCCUCAGGUUGGUAGGACACUUGGAGGCUGAAGAGAAGCUUGGCUCCCUCCUCCUUCCUAUGCAAGUUAAAGUCUGCUCUCUUGGAAUAGUUAGAAACCCAUAAGCUCUAGGAUGUGUGAGAAUAUUUAGGUUUAAUUCUGCGACAAAAGACGAAGAGGAGGAACACUUGAUUGCUAGUUGAAACGGACCACAUGGCUGCUGUGAAAGGAACCACAGGACGGGGUUGGAGUAUAGCUCAGCCGCGAGUGAGGGCAAAGAGCAGUCCGGUGUGUAUCAAACCGGGAACAUGGAAUCUGGUCCCGUCUUUUUGCGGGUCAAGGCACGGCUUUAAACAGGAUCAGCUCUGUCAUCCCUCCUUCAGGCAACUGCAGGCCAAGAUAAAAGCGGAGAACGAGGAAGUACAAGAAUUACUUCAGCCUUUAUCGAACCGAGACAAUGGGAUCAUGAAGGAGAUAGAGUCUUUCCUGACUCAGACAAACACAGAAGAGCUCAGGAAGAGGGAGCUCAAACACAAGCGCUGGACUGAACAUGUGUGGUUUCCCAUCCAGACCGGAGUGGAGAAACAUACGGCCUCCUGCUACUUCAUGGACGCCAUGAGACACCAAAUCAUGCACAGUCAUUACCUCCUACACUGUCAAUCUAUGAUAAGAACAUCAGGCUCAAAGGAGAUGCGCCAAUUAAGUCUUCAAUUAAAAAGAAAACUAAGAGAAAAGAGACUAAUCACCGCUGGUCAAGCAGGAUCUAAACCCGUCUCCAGUAAAACGUUGGAGCCACCUCAGACUGACUGCUCUUGUGCCAACUCUCUGAUCUCUCAGGCUAACAGGCGUCUUCAGGCCUUAUAGACUCAACUGUUUCUUGCAUUCAUCAGUGCUCCAGAAAAGGAUGGAGUCAAGGAAAUCGAAGAAGCUGCCUGGUUUUCUGGUUUGUGAAUGUUUCCAACCAAGAUGUCUACCGCAUCUAAACUCACCCUUACCGGGGACGGCACCCAAAUAAAACCUACUUGCGUUGCCAAC